AUGUCCAACGUCUCUUCGGAUCCGGCUGCCUCUGCCGAUGCUCAUGCUCCCUCAUCAUCUCCAGAGACCACGUCCUCGCCUACCAACGAGACUCAAUUGCCACCCUCACUCGGUCCGCAGAGAACCGACACAAACACCGCAAUGGUCCAGUCGAUGAAUCCCCCUUCCCCAUCCGCUGCAGUCGCCGAACAAAAAAUAUCAAGACAGUUUUCUACCGCCAUUGGCCCUUCCUCAGACGAGCCGUUGCCUACAGUUCCCGCCAAAGACGAAGCACCAGCAACAACUGCCGCAGGGCCAACUCUGACGGUGACACUACUCCUCACCUCGGGAGCACGACAUCCUUUCAAGCUAGACAAUAAAUAUUUCGCGAAGCGCAACGUCGAGGUACCAGAGAACGAUCCGUUCAACCUCAGUGUCUACAAACUGAAGGAAUUGAUUCUGCGCGAAUGGCGGGAAGAGUGGGAAGCAAAACCGUCUAGCCCGACUUCGAUUCGGCUGAUAAGCAUGGGCAAGCUGUUGGAUGAUAAAGCAUCCCUCAAAGACUACAAGUUCUCAGUUGACGCACCGAAUGUGUUGCACAUGACGAUCAAGCCGCAAGACUACGUCGAAGAAGAAGACACCAAGGGCGGAAAAUCCACCUAUUCCACCCACCGCGAGGGUGAGACCAGAAGUCCUGGCUGUCGUUGCAUCAUAAUGUGA